AUGAGACAGAGCGGCGCCUCCCAGCCCCUGCUGCUGAACAUGUACCUGCCAGAUCCGGUUGGAGAGAGUCUUUUCAAAGAAGGCAAGAGUGGCUGGGGGCCGCUGAGCCCCGCAGUGCAGAAAGGCAGCGGCCAGAUCCAGCUGUGGCAGUUCCUGCUGGAGCUCCUGGCAGACCGGGCGAACUCCGGCUGCAUCGCGUGGGAGGGCGGCCACGGCGAGUUCAAGCUGACUGACCCAGACGAGGUGGCGAGGCGCUGGGGCGAGCGCAAGAGCAAGCCCAACAUGAAUUACGACAAGCUAAGCCGGGCGCUGCGCUACUACUACGACAAGAACAUCAUGAGCAAAGUUCACGGAAAGCGCUACGCCUACCGCUUCGACUUCCAGGGCCUGGCCCAGGCCUGCCAGCCCCCGCCGGCCCACGCCCACGCCCACGCCGCGGCCGCCGCGGCCGCCGCUGCUGCCGCAGCCCACGACGGCGCGCUCUACAAGCUGCCAGCAGCCCUGGCGCCUUUGCCCUUCCCUGGCCUCUCCAAACUCAACCUCGUGGCGGCCUCCGCCGGGGUGGCCCCCGCCAGCUUCUCCUAUUGGCCCGGCCCGGCCCCGGCAGCCGCGGCCACCGCCGCUGCCGCCGCCGCCGCCCUCUAUCCCAACCCCGGCCUUCAGCCUCCCCCCGGGCCCUUCGGGGCUGUGGCCACCACCUCGCACCUCGGAGGGGUGGGGGGACACUAUCACUGA